GCAGCAGAGCCCUCCUCUCUCCUCUCUCCUCUCUCCGCCGCCGUCACCGCUUCCCACUCGAAGCGCAGCGCAAACAGUCGCGCGUCGUCAGUCGGUCCGAGCGUCCGGACGCGCGCUGGAGGAAUGCGCGUGAAAGCUCGCCAAUCAGCGGAAUUUCCUCGCGGGAGACAUGCGUUUUAGGCGCGCUUAAGAUUGUCGCACGUGACGUGGAAGCAUGUCUCACCCGCAGCGCACCGUCCAGCUCUCCGGCGCGUCGCUCGCCGUCGCGCUGAGCCCGGACGCGGAGUGCGCCGGCGCGGAGCCGCGCGUCGCCAGCGGCCGGGAGAUUUUCGCGGACUUCAAAGCGCAGAACCUGCGCAGCUUCUGGAAUAAACGGCUCGUGGCGGCCGUGGCCGAGGUGCACUUUCAGGGCUGGAUGGAAAACUUGGUGCUUUUCAUUCAAGGGAACGCCAACCACCUGGAGGUGCUGAGGGAAGCGUGGAUGCGCAGGGCGCUGAGGUCCCCCAAGGGAUUUAUCAUCAAAGCUGUCGGCGACCUGUCCCCGGUGCAGAUGUUCCCCGUCCCCCAGUCUCAGUUCAUUCCUUUAGCUGAAGUGUUGUGCUCAGUCAUCUCAGACAUGAACUCCUGCCAAGUCACUGUCAACCAGGAAGCACUUGUCAACUACAUGAGCAAGACUCACCCAGGGAUAACGAUCCCCACUCAGGACAUCCUCUACAAUGCACUGGGCACCCUUAUCAAGGAGCGCAAGAUUUACCAUACAGGCGAGGGCUACUUCAUUGUAACCCCUCAGACCUAUUUCAUCACCAAUAACAUGGUCAGAGAGAAGAACUGGUGGACAUCUGGGUCGGCAGACGACCCUCCCUCACCUCCUCCCAUUACUUAUCUGUUGAGCAAUGACGCCUGCAUUGAGAGCUCUCAGACACUUCCGGUGGCACAUUGCAAGUCUUGCAGCUGCUUCAGCCCCCUUCCGACACCUCCCAACGUCGCCUCCACCACCGUAUCAGCCACUAUCCCCUCUUCCACUGUCCCAGACCAGCAUUCGGUCUCUGUUACCGUAAGUGAAUGCACAGGCAAGGGCUUAAAAUGGCCUCGACCCGUAGAUCACAAACACUCAGUGCAACAUCAGUCCACCUCUACAGCAGCCGACUGCCAGGCAAGUGAGAUGAGCAAAACUACAGCCACUACUAGUGCCACCGGUUGCAAAGAUAAAGACAGUAAACCCAGUAGGAAGUUUGGGCUCAGCCUGUUUCGGAGGAAUGGAGGCAAAAAGGACAAGCCAAAGAAGGAGUAUGCAUCCUUUUCCGGUCAGUUUCCUCCAGAGGAGUGGCCCGUAAGAGACGAGGAAGACCUGAACAACUUGCCCCGUGACCUGGAGCAUGCCAUCAUCAGACGCAUUAACCCUGAGCUGACUGUGGACAACUUGACACGUCACACGGUUCUAAUGAAGAAGCUGGAAGAAAGGAGGGAGAGGGAGAUAGACAGAGUGCUGGACAGGGGGUUGGAUAAAAAGGAUAAAGGCGUAGACAAAGGAAUGUCUACUGAGAUUGUGGCUUUGUCUAAGCCCAGGCAUCAUCAUCACUCCUCUAAAGCUGGCGUGGGCAAAAGACCUGCCCCAAAGACGUCUCGCAGCAAGAGGAGGACCCACUCAUCCAGAGAGAAGCAGAAGGAAAGGGAGAGGGUGAAGACUAAGGCUCCUAUAUGUGAGUCUGAAUAUCCAAAGGGGAAGGAUUUAAUACCGACUCGGCUCAAAGUGGAAAUCCCUGUUGAUGAACCAGACCCAGUGGAGGAAGGUGGGACUGUUGAGGGCCGAUGUCUUUAUAAAAAACGAAUUGAAAACCCUUUCCAGGGCUGUCCAGUCAAAGAAGCUGAUACCGCGAUCCCUGAUGCCAACAACAGAGAGCAUAAAAGACGAGAAGUGAAAGAAGUUAAGACGUCAGGGGCGGGAAGAAAGGAACGAAGCAGUCACCGCUCCAAAUCGUGGGACCCCCAUCGAGCCAAAGCCAUUACUGCAGAUGCUGUGAAAUCCCUUACAUCCGACACCAGGUAUGACUGUGUCCACGAGAGCGACUUUAUUACUGAUCAUCGGCUCCAACCAGAGUCAAAGCUCAACAGAGAGCUGCCGGCGGACUACGGCUCAGUCUACCCACAAAGCAGCACGCUGCGAAUGGACGACAAGGUCCGACAUCAGAGGGACAGGAGCAGUGAGGAGUUCUGGGAAACAGAAGGCAAAAACGGACCUUUACGGGACGAGUGCAACAGCGUGCCAUUUCACAGCAACACUUCAGAUGAUGGGCCCUCUAAUGUCCAACAGAACUCCAGUACUAAAGUCCUUGUUCCUACUUAUCUAUAUAAACAAGUCCCAAACCACUCACAUGAGGCAGCUCUGGCCUGGCCCAAACCAUCUCUGCAGCGGAAACACUCCCUCAGACUCUCCAGAAUUCAUCGGGAUACUGCUCAGAGGCCUGAUGAGAGUUUCUGUCACACACAGUCCUCCGAAACUGCAGCAACCCACGAGCAGCAAGAGGUAAAACCCAUUGCUAAAAAUAAUAUGGAGCAAAAGGCCUUAAGUCGCAGAGAAAGACAGGAGCUGAUAACUAACAGCACCCCCCCAGCUACAGGCACGGACGGCUUCAUAGAAGACGACUAUAGGCUCUACCAGGGAGAACAUGAGCAGGAGGAGGAUGCCUGCAGUUCCCUGUGUCUGAACGAGGACGAGGCUGUCGAUGCGGCACAUGCGUACCAAACAGGUGCAGCAGACCAUCACCAGCAGGUUUUCAAUAGCCGCCAAUCUGAUAUGCAGUACCAGAGUCACCACAGCCGCUAUUAUAAUCUCACCUUGCACCACCACCGAGUUGCCUUGACGCAAGAUCCGAGCGGCAGUUCGAACGAUCUAGGUCCUCCAGCAAUGCAGAGGGAGGUGUCUGCCAGCCCCGCCAGGCCCGGAGAGACCAACCCGAGGCCCCACAAUCACAGGACAAGAUCACCAGGAGCUCACAGUGAACCCAGCCCCAGGCAAGGCACGGUGAUCCAGGGGGAAAAACAGGACAACCUUUAUCAGGACUGUCCCAAACCAUCGGAAAUUGCAGACAGCAGCAUUUUUGACUACUGCCAGACGAGUGAGAUCGAAUCUGACACAGAGACUGUCCGCAAGUCAGCUGAUGAGGGCGAUGGGGAGUCCGCUCACUGGGCUGCUGAGGUGGAGGAAAUGCAGCAGGAUGGGUUUGAUGAGACGGCUGGGCCUCAGAUCCACAGGGCCUUUCUGGGCAGGCUCAGUGGAGCCAGAGGGGCAGAGAUCAGAGAAGCGGUAGAAAUGGGAGAGAACCAAAGUAUCACGGGAGACAGCGGCAUAGAUUCUCCACGGACUCGUGUCAGCCUGACCUCCAGCAACACCGUGAUCCUGGAGGGUCUGAAGAGACGAGGCUUUCUACAAAACUUGGAGAAGCUGCAUUCAAAAAGCAGCGCCAUUCGACCACAGAGCUCGCUGCUGCAGCUAACGCCCGUCAUGAACGUUUAGCGGAGUCCACGCUUGUGCUGGCAGAUCUCUUCAUUGUAGCUCUAAUGGAAAAGUCUUCGAUAAGUAAAACUACAAUAUGCAACAGUUGGUCAGAAAAUGUCCAUUGAGGGUUUUGUUUCUAUUUACAGCCCUAUUACAACUGGUCUGUGUACAAAUGUACAAAUAAAUAAAAUUUUCUUGUUGUAAAAUAAUCUAUUACACACUUCUAUCUAUUCAUGGACUACUUUAUGCAUGUGGCCCCGAAAUCAAGAUGAAUUUACUGCCCGUUUGUGACGUAUGUGCUUUUUCAUGACAUCUUAUUGGAUCAAAUGUAAACAGCAAUAAAAUGUCCUAAUGUUUACUUUUUGUCACCCAUUAUGUAGCAGUUAAGGCAAAUGGGGUUGGUUUUUUUUCAAACAGGAAUUCUUAGAAAUAAUAAUUUAACAGGUGUGAUUUUCUAUAUUUUUGUGACAUUAAAACAUGAAAAACAAAGUGUGUCCACUCACUGUAACAUCUCAAGACACUUCUACAGACACAUUUCCCUCAACAUAUUAGAAUACUGUUAUUUGGGGAAAAUGUGUAAUAAAAUGUAAAGGUGUAGUUAAGAGACACUGUAAACAUAAAUAUACCAUCAAUAUUUAUCAUCCCAAUGUAAGUAAAAACUGUGCUGCUUGUCCUUUUACUGACGUAAACCAGAGUCCUUUUCACUGAUAAGCUGUUAUCUGUGAAGGCUGCGUUGACAAUGAAUCCCAGCAGUGUGUACCUUAAAUACCUGCCCUGCUGUGAAGAAGUGUGGGAAGAUGGGUAACUUCCUGACAUGCUGAUGUUGUUGUUAGUUCCUAAAAGCUUUGCUCAAGGACUGCAUUACACAUUUAUUUUUCAGUGGCGCAAACAGGUUCAGGUUCUAUGACAAACUGUUUUAGCUCCCAAACAUUUCAACGAUUAGAUCAGAAUUCGAGGGAACACUGAGUCGCUGCUCAACAUCACACCUCAUUAAGAAGGAAGCAGUAAUUGAAAAUGUCCAAAGGUAAACAGUGACACCAUGUGGGUACACUGUAGAGGUACACACACCAAGUUGUUCAAUAUAAUCUUGUCAGAAUUUCCCACUUCACCAGUGUUAUGCUUAUUUUGCAGGUUUUUGUCCUAAAAAAAACAAAAAUAAAAUUCUUUGGCUGUGAGGCUGAAUACAUGUCCCAUUUCAUAAGCUCACUCCAUUGACUAAACACUGGAAGAGAGUCAACCUUUAUUCAUCCAUAUAUGUGCCACUCAGAAUUUGGGAAGAGGUGUUACAGGACUUGCCCUUAAGAGAAGCCUAUAUGGAUCAUUUACAAUUUCUCUCUACAAUGAGGCCAUUGACAAAUGUAGGGGGAAGAAAAAAAAGACAAUAUGGAAGUAACAGUAGAAACACAUGGUAAUAUACAUGAAAGCAAAAAAGCAAUAUGUAUCAGUGACAUCAAAUUAAAAUGCAGGGUAAGUUAGCAUAAAGAAGAAAGGUCUCCUGAAAACCCUAACUUUUUUCCAAAUAACAGCUCGGCAUACAUCUCUACAUAGCAUGCAAUAAGGCACCUAUCUAACACAAGGAAGAAACCUAUGCUACAGUUUGAAGCACAAUUGUUAUCCAAACAAAAGAAAAUAUUGCUCACCAUAAUAUUCACUCCCAUUAAAAACUGUAUCUCUCAUUCCCUUUCAUAUAACCCAAACCAUAUCUAAAAAAAUACAUCAGUUUGUAAAAGAUAUUUUACACAACAGUAAAUAGAGCGCAAUCUAUUGGAAUUUGGAAAAACCUUGUAAAAGUGAGAUUUCCUUGUAGUAGUUUAGUAUACACAAUCUUUUUUUUUUUUUUUUUAAGAUCAAUUUCUGAUAAGUUUGCAGAUUAACAUGGGUUACCUAUAGUCUAUACAUUAGCCUCCAAAGCCAUAAACAAAGUGACACUUAAUGUCCAUUUGGUGCUGUUGGUACAGAGGGAUCCGCACAGUAAAUAAUUAGGACACAGGUCUGGUUGUAAUAUGCUACCCAGUAGGUUUUAUUUUCUACUAUGCAUUAUCUUGUGGCUAGAUCGCAUGUCAAAAUAGAAUCGCGUGUCAGCCAGUAUUGCUCUCUGUACAGUCUAUGUAGCAAUGCUAACCCAAUGCAAACAUACAAGAAAACAUCCUCAUAAAUAUACAAGAUGGCUCACUUCUGACAGAGCCCAAAUUCAAGGACAAGCUGCAUGAGAACACCUGCAACAUGUUUAUCUCCAACACUUAAAACAAAUUAAAUCCAUAAAAGAAAAAAAAAGUGGAGACUAAGUGGAACUAUCAAAAUGUAAUCUUUUGGAACAGCACACUAGUCAGCUAUACAUAUAUAUAUAUAAAAGAAAAUCGGUAAGUAUUUACAUUAGAUUUGAUGUCUGCUUCACAUGGACUAUGUGGGUGAAAAAGAAAUCAGAACAAAAGUUCUUAUUCAGCAACUGUGUUGAUAGCCUUGAAUAAAGUUGCAGCUGAAAAGCGCAUGUGCCCACCUGAAGAUACAUGAAUAGAUUUUUUUUUUUUUAUCAAAAA